ACUAGCGGCGGGAGGAGCGCGUCUCUGGCGCCUACCACGUUCCCCGCGACAUCCCACCUCAACCUCGCGUGGAUUCCAGCCAACUUCUCCUGGCGGAAGAUAACACCUAUCAUCCGUACUUUCGUCAUGGCUUUUAUAUCGGUCGUCUCCAUGGUUCUAAGCCCAGGCGAGGACGCCACAGGCCAGGUGAGUCCUCGCCAUACGAUGCAUGUACACAAACUCGCAACCAUUCCGUCUCAAGACUUCAAUUCUACUGCUAGUUGGUACGUCUAUCUUGUCUUGCGUCGUCUACAGCUUUCACAUCACGCUCAGCUGCAUUCCUCGACCCACCCGCCGAUCCUUUCAUUUCCGUUCUCGAGCGCGAGUUGCUCUUCGCGCUCCGUGUCACGAUUGGCUGGGCCUGGUCUUGUCUAGGUAUACUCUCCGCGCAUCUAGCUCGCCAUGUUACGCAGACGGAGGCAUUCUCGGGACAAUACAUCGAGGCUGGCCCGGCCGUCAUCUCCGCCAUAUGGGGUUCCUCGGCAUGACUUUCUUCUUUAUCAAGGCCAAGAAGGGAUCGGACCCAUACCUCAUUCCAUCCGUCUUCGGUGCAGGUGUCAUCGACAUUUCUUUCAUCGCUGAUGACCUCUUCCCCUACCCAUACUACACCGGUAGGGUGCUCGUCUUCCCACUCAUGAUCCAUUGUGGGCUCUGUAUACUAGCGAGCGCAACCAUCUUCCCCAGCACGAGAACCACUCAGCUGGUACGCAAGUGCCCUCGCACGCUCGCUGGAGCCACUCGAAGCUGCACUCCGCGAGCAUCGCGCCAUAUUCAAGCUCUCCCCUUCGGCUUCGACGUCUCCUCGACGGUCCAGAAGAUCACCGGUCUCGUCCCUAAGGCCGAAGGAGGACUUGGUCCUGCCGCCACAUUGCGUCUCGUCAAGAGCGAUGUCAUUUGGGAUCAAUUCGCACCGGCAGGCACCCGGCGUAUGCAAGAGUUUGGGCGCCGCCUGCUCGUGCACACAAACGGACUCGAUAUCUUCUUCACCCUCAUUGACCCGACGCUUGAGCGGUUUCCAGUACUAACACAUCUUCCCAGCAAACCGAGCACACCUGCGAGCUCGUGCGGAUAGUCGCUCUCGUACCCGGGCACGCCUGUGCUAGGUGUCAACUCGCUCGACCCGCGGUCUGAUCCUGUACGGUCGCCUGAGGUCGCAGUCCGCCACCUUUCCGCCCUGAGAGCC